UUUGUUCCUUAAGAUUACUGUCCUUGCCGGUGGACAGUCGGGACAUCGCAAGAGAAACCGCACGAGACCCGUUGCUGAGGCGGGUGUACGACUACGUCUUGAAGGGGUGGCCUCCUUACGUGGGAGACCAAGCGCUGAAACCUUGGUUUCAACGUAACACGGAGCUGUCGGCACAACAGGGCUGCCUUAUGUUAGGACUGCGAGUGGUAGUGCCGGAAAAGCUACGGAGCGUGCUGCUGGACGAAAUCCAUGAAGGGCAUCCAGGAGUAGUGCGAGCCAAGGAGCUAGCUCGGAGUUAUUUUUGGUGGCCCUCAGUGGACCAGGAUGUGGAAAACCAUGUGAAGGCAUGUGAGCAGUGUCAGCAACAGCGUAAUCUGCCUACGCAAGCGCCUUUGCAUCCUUGGUCGUGGCCCACCAAACCAUGGCAGCGGGUACAUGUAGACUACGCUGGACCAUUUCGAGGAGCUAUGUUUUUGGUAAUUGUGGAUGCCCACUCAAAAUGGCCAGAGGUGUUUAUUAUGCAAGCGACAACCUCGGCAAAGACUAUUGAAAAGCUACAGGAGGUGUUUGCGCGUUUUGGAAUGCCCGAGACGUUGGUUUCUGACAACGGUACACAGUUUACGUCAAACGAGUUCAAGGACUUUCUAAAACGAAUCGGAACACGUCAUGUGUUAACAGCACCGUAUCACCCCAGUAGCAACGGCCUGGCGGAGAGAUUUGUGCAAACCUUAAAAUCGGCGCUGCGCAAGGGAGUUGCCUCGGAGCCACUGCAGCAGACCUUAGGAAAGUUUUUGCAAACCUACCGAAACAUUCCACAUGCAACAACGGGGGAGGCGCCAGCAGUUUUGUUUUUGGGAAGACGCCUUCGCACUAGACUGGAUGUUCUCAAGCCAUCUGUAGAAAGCAGAGUGGCCAGGCAUCAGUUCCGCCAGAUGUUGCAAAGAAGCUGCCGUACCCGAGAGUUUAAAAUAAAGGACCGGGUACGUGUGUGGAACCCCCAUCGCGGAGACAAGUGGCUAAAGGCAACUAUACUGUCAAGGAGCGGUCCUGUCUCGUACAAGCUGCGUGUGUACCGGGACCAUGACACAGUCAUCUGGCGACGCCAUCAGGAUCACAUUCGGCAGGAGGGGGACCAGGAAGUUGGAACGCCGGCGUCGCGGGAGGAAGAUGGAGCUAGCUUCAUACCGCAAGCUUUAAGUACAGCAAGCCAAGCGCAGCCUCCCCCUGCCAGCCCACCUACAAGUGCCUCAACGGACCCGGGGUCGACCAGUAUUUCAAGGCCUCGAACGCCGACUCAGCGCUAUCCAACAAGAGUGCGCUGCCCUCCUGAUCGUUAUUCACCGGGGGACUGACCUAAGGGGGACUUUCUCAAUCAAGUGCGGAAGAAUGUGGUGUUUGGCGGAGUGAGGUUCGGGUCGGGUCACCCUGGGUACAACGCCGCGGGGAACUCUGGGAUGGGGCACCCGGGCGGCGGGUAGUCUGUUGCAUUGA